GCUCCCCUACCUCUCCAGCAUCCUCCCGUCUCCGUCGUCUCGUCUCCGCUCCUCACCUCGCCAGCCAUGGGCAAGAUCAAGAUCGGAAUCAACGGUUUCGGAAGGAUCGGCAGGCUCGUGGCCAGGGUCGCCCUGCAGAGCGAGGAUGUCGAGCUCGUCGCCGUCAACGACCCCUUCAUCACCACGGAUUACAUGACGUACAUGUUCAAGUACGACACCGUGCACGGCCAAUGGAAGCACAGCGACAUCGCCCUCAAGGACUCCAAGACGCUUCUCUUCGGCGAGAAGCCGGUCACCGUCUUUGGCAUCAGGAACCCCGAGGAGAUCCCGUGGGGUGAGGCUGGUGCUGAGUAUGUCGUGGAGUCCACCGGUGUCUUCACUGACAAGGACAAGGCUGCUGCACAUCUGAAGGGUGGUGCCAAGAAGGUUGUUAUCUCUGCCCCAAGCAAAGAUGCGCCCAUGUUUGUUGUUGGUGUCAAUGAGGACAAGUACACCUCCGAUGUUAACAUUGUUUCCAAUGCUAGCUGCACCACAAACUGCCUUGCUCCCCUUGCUAAGGUCAUUCAUGACAACUUUGGCAUUAUUGAGGGCUUGAUGACAACUGUUCAUGCCAUCACUGCCACCCAGAAGACUGUUGAUGGACCCUCAGCCAAGGACUGGAGAGGUGGCAGGGCUGCCAGCUUUAACAUCAUUCCCAGCAGCACCGGUGCUGCCAAGGCUGUCGGUAAGGUUCUUCCUGAAUUGAAUGGCAAGCUCACUGGCAUGUCCUUCCGGGUUCCCACCGUGGAUGUGUCAGUUGUUGACCUCACUGUCAGAAUCGAGAAGGGGGCCUCUUACGAGGAAAUCAAGAAAGCUAUUAAGGCUGCUUCUGAGGGCCCACUCAAGGGUAUUAUGGGCUACGUGGAGGAGGAUCUGGUUUCCACCGACUUCACCGGUGACAGCAGGUCGAGCAUCUUCGACGCCAAGGCCGGGAUUGCCCUGAACGACCACUUCAUCAAGCUCGUCUCUUGGUACGACAACGAGUGGGGCUACAGCAACCGCGUCGUCGACCUGAUCCGCCACAUGUUCAAGACCCAGUAGAGAGAGAUAUUUCUGCCUCCCUAUCGUGGGUCGUCCCCAAUGGCCUUUGGUCGCAGACCAUCUUUGCUGCUUGUCUAUGCUGAGAAUAAAUGUGAACGGUGCCCCUGGACGCUGGAUCCAUGCUGGUUUUGGACACGUUGUCUUUUUGUGUUUAACUUAUCUGCUACCGUCCUGUAACGAAUUCACUAAGUUCUAGUUCUUUUGUGCUUUGUUAAGAAUAUA